CCUUUCUCCAUUAUCUGUAAUUUGCUUUUUAACUUUGGUUGGAAAACCAAAUGGCCACCGUAUUUUGUUGGUGAUCCCAUUGAUUCACAGGGCAGCUGUUUCCGGUCAGUUGACCCACUUUGCCCCCACCACCUUGGGCCGGCCCUGAGAAACAUUGCCAUUCCUCUGUCCUUCCCUGCACUUUAUUCCAUUCAAAAUCCUCGAUUCCUUCUUUUGUUGCUGCGAAGAACGAGGGCGUGUCUGGAGAAAGAAACUCUCUCACUUUAAUGUUUGCCUCGGAAUCGAACUAAUCUCACUUCCACGCAUUAAAGGAGAUUGUCCCUCUUUGAUCCUCGUGCCCUUAAUUUCUCUGGGUUCCCUGUCUUUAUUACAUAUAAAGAUUUCAUAUCUACACACGCCGCAGCAGUUAUAAGGAUCAACAUUGUGUUAAUUAACUCAGGGAUUUGCCGACAAUAAGUGUUUCUGAACCGAAGAGGGUGAAUUGUUUUCGAGUAGAUUUCAGUCUGCAUGAAUUGGUAGGGAGAAGAAAUGAGGGAUGCAAAUUCCAAAAGCAACAAGUUCUCUUGGUCGAAGAAACUAGUCCGAAAGUGGUUCAAUAUCAAGAGCAAAACCGAUGAAUCUCAGGCUGAUAAUGUUGUUUGUGGAGGUAGCUUCUGUGAGAGGGAACCCCCUGCAAUCAAGAAAACCAAAACAGAAAAAUCCAGCAGGAGUACAGAAGCUCGUAGGUGGUCAACAGUUGAUCUUGACCACCCUCAGAUCAUAAACAUACAGAACUAUAGCAUUUUUUCAGCUACAUGGAACGUAGGAGGAAAAUCCCCUUCCAACAAAAUGAAUCUUGAUGAUUGGUUACAUGCUGCUCCUCCUUCUGACAUUUACGUUCUUGGAUUUCAAGAAAUAGUUCCUUUAAAUGCAGCCAAUAUUUUAGGAGCUGAAGACAACGGUCCUGCAAAAAGAUGGUUAUCUCUAAUACACAGAACCCUAAACAACCGUCCAGGUGGCGGAAACGGGUGCUACGCACCUUCACCUGUUCCCGAUCCGGUGGCUGAAUAUGAUGCUGAUUUUGAAGGUUCAACAAGACACAAAAAUUCAUCAUUUUAUCAUCGUCGUUCUUUUCAAGCACCUCAAAAUGAAAAUUACCAGUCAACACCACCGACUCAUCUUGAGCGGCGAUACAGUGUUUGUGACCGAGCAAUCUUUGGUCCAAGACCAUCUGACUGCUCGAGUCACAGACCGAGUGACUAUUCGUCAUCCGGUCACAGGCCGAGUGAUUACUCGGCCAGUUACAGUCACAGACCGAGUGACUACUCGGUCUGUAACAGUAGUUACAGACCGAGUGACUACUCGUCUAGUCAGCGGCCAAGUAAUUACUCAUGGAGCCAGAGACCAAGUGAUUAUGAUGAUUGUGGCCCCAUGGAAGAUAUACCGAAUCCUAAUGGUAAUGGGAAUGGGAAUUCUUUCUCACCAAUGUCAAAUUGGGGAGCCAAUAGUGUUGAAGAUGGGUAUAGAGUGGGGCCCACUCAUUCAAGUUAUUGUUUGGUUGCAAGUAAACAAAUGGUUGGUGUUUUUCUUGCGGUGUGGGUGAAGAGUGAAUUAAGAGAACAUGUUGGAAACAUCAAAGUGUCUUGUGUUGGUAGAGGAUUGAUGGGUUAUCUUGGAAAUAAGGGAUCCGUAUCCGUGAGUAUGUUGUUGCAUCAAACAAGUUUUUGCUUUGUGUGUAGUCAUUUGACUUCUGGACAAAAAGAGGGUGAUGAACUAAGAAGAAAUUCUGAUUUCAUGGAAAUUGUUAAAAAAACAAGAUUUCCACGUGUCCAGGGCAUGGCAGAGGAUAAAUCCCCAGAGACAAUACUCGAACACGAUCGGAUUAUAUGGCUUGGGGAUCUGAAUUACCGAAUCGCCCUCUCUUACCGCUCAGCAAAAGCACUUGUUGAGAUGCAAAAUUGGAGGGCAUUGUUGGAAAAAGACCAGCUGCGAAUUGAACAAAGAAGGGGGCGUGUGUUUCAAGGAUGGAAUGAAGGGAAGAUAUAUUUCCCUCCAACAUACAAGUACUUAACUAAUUCAGAUCGAUAUACAGGGGAUAAUUUGCACCAUAAGGAGAAAAGAAGAACACCUGCAUGGUGUGAUAGAAUCUUGUGGUAUGGAAGAGGUCUACAUCAGUUAUCAUAUGUUCGUGGUGAAUCUAGGUUUUCAGAUCAUAGGCCAGUAUACAGCUUAUUUUGGGCUGAAGUUGAAUUAGUUCAUAGCCGUUAUAGAAGAAGCAUGAGUUGUUCUGGCUCUAGGAUUGAGGUGGAGGAGCUUUUGCCUUAUGCAAAUGGCUACACUGAACUCUGCUUUUUCUAACCAAUCACACCAAAUGGGGUAGAUGCGGAAAAUGGGAUGAGGAGAGAUGAAAAGGGGGUGUAGAUAAGAUAACUAACUACAAGAUACAAGAUGUUAAAUUUUGUUGGUAGAAUUAAUUAACUUGAUGUAAGUUUAGAAAUGAUGACACACAUGUCUAAGAAACUUGAGUAUAGUCUGCCCAAAUAAGGGUAUGCAGACUCUGAAGAUUCUUUAAUUGUUGUUAGGAUAGGAACUAGAAAUGAGUAGUAAUAAUGAUAGUGAUUAAAGCAUAGAAUAUUAGAAUCGGUUUGUUUAUGGGUAUCUCUCUAUAGCCUGCUUUUUCCUGUCUAGGAUGAAAAGGACAUUAAAGUAAUUUUGGUGGGAGGUAGGUAAGCCUUUUGCAGAAACUCAUAUCACUUUUGUUACUCCCUAUAUGGCAGAU